AUGCUCUCAAAACGCUCCCACAGCGCCCCAGGCUGCUGCAGAACCAAACCACUCCUCAAACCCCUCACCCAAAAACAAAACCCAACCCACCUCGCCGCCACCAAAUCCCCCUCCAUCGCCCGCACCGUCGAAUCCCUCGUCCUCGAAAUAAUCUCCGCAAUCAACACCCGCCACUUCACCCCGCACACCACCAACCCCACCAUCGACCCCGAAUUCAUCGGCUCCAUCCGCUAUCCCUGGGGCGGACGCGCACCCACAAGCUGGCCGGACACCCUCGCCACCUUCUCCGCCCUCGUCGCCCAAUACCCGCACUACCGCAUCGCGCGCCCGCUGAUGUACACCGAGGUCUACGGCGACGCGUACGUGUACGCGGGCGUUGGUCGGCCGCGGACGAAGCGCGGGGAGGAGGGGAGGUAUGCGGAUGUUUUUGUGAAUUUUGAUGUUGAGGGGAUGGGCGAGGGGGUUGUGAGGCAGAGUGUGGGGAUUUGGAGGUUUCGACGGGGGGAGGGUGCGGAUGGGGAGGGGGAUGGGGACGGGUGGAGGUGUUUUAGUAUGCAGUGUUUGGAUGGGUGUGGGCGGUGUGAUGGGUUGGGUGGGGUGGAGUGUUUUGUGGGCAUGGUUUGA